GGAAAACUUCCCCUUCCCCAGUUCAGACGCUCCGAUUCCUCCUGGGGAGCCGGGAGCCUCCGCGUCCUUCUCGCCUCUCUUUGCGGGCGCUUGUGGGGCGGCAUCCAUGGCUUUGGCUGGGCUCCCCCUGGUGCUGCUGGUGGGGGCGCUGGGCCGGAUCCCCGGAAACGAAGGGGCGAAGGAGACCCCCGCCCAUUUCCUGCACCAGGAGAAGUUCGAGUGCCUCUUCCUCAACGGGACGCAGCGGGUGCGGUUUCUGGAUCGGUACUUCUACGACCGGCAGGAGUUCGUCCGCUUCGACAGCGACCUCGGGAAACAUGUGGCCGUCACGGCGUUGGGGGAGGCGGUUGCGGACGAUUGGAACGGAGACAAGCAGAUCAUACAGUACAAGAAGCUCGUUGUGGAUUCCUUCUGCCGAUACAACUACGAGAUCGGCAGCUACGAGGCGGCCAAGAGGGAGGAGCGAACGAUCGGACGGAGAAGUGAG